AUGGGCGGGGCCUUGGUAUCCGAAUCAUCAGAGCCUCUCCAUGUCAUCAUCAUCGGCGCCGGCCUCGCAGGCCUGGCCACGGCACUCUCAACAAAGAUCGCAAAUCCCUCCCACCGUGUAACCAUUCUCGAGGCAGUGAAGGAGCUCCAGGAAGCCGGCUUGCAACUAACUCCUAACGCAACCCGCCUUCUCGAGGCAUGGGGCCUCAACCCGACACUCUCGAACCUCGCAACUCUCCCUUCAACCCUCUCUGUCCACCGCUACGAUGGCACAAGCAUACUCGCCCACGAAAGUGAACUCCAGCAAACGGUCCAGUCUCGCUACGGACAUCCCUUCUGGGGCCUACAUCGCGUCGAGCUCCAGCGCGCCCUCGUAGACCGCUGUGAAGCUCUGGGCGUGCGAAUCCGUCUCGCCUCCCGCGCCCGCUCCGUUGACUUUCACCGCGCCGAGGUUAUCAUUGACGAUGAAUCCGGUUCCGAUUCCAGCAUGACGAUAUCCGGUGAUGUCGUCGUUUGCGCAGACGGCAUGUGGAGCACCAUCCGCGCCCAAUUCCUCGGCUGUCCUAGCCCCCCCGCGUUGACUGGAGACUUGGCCUUUCGCAUCGCCAUACCCAUUGAUUCCCUGAAAGGUCCCCACACGGAAGAGCUCGAGGCCUUCAUAAAAUCCGAGACAGUUCACUUCUGGGUUGGCCCUCAAUCUCACGGAGUUUCGUAUACGGUGAAGCAGGGCCGCAUGCUAAACCUCGGUCUUCUGUCUCCCGACAACCUGCCCGAAGGUUCGACAAAGGUCGCUGGCGAUGUUGAGGAGAUGCGUUCGCUCUUCUCCAGCUGGGACCCCCUCCUACGCAAGCUGCUCGACCAAGUCGAGAGCGUACAUAAAUGGAAGCUAUGCUGGAUCGAGCCGCUAGAGCAAUGGGUCAGUGCGGAUGGUAAGUUCUUCAUGGCCGGUGACUGCUGCCAUCCAAUGCUGCCCUACCUCGCCCAAGGAGCAAACUCGUCGCUUGAAGAUGGCGCUGUCUUGGGCUAUCUCCUAGGGAGGGUAAGCAGUCGUGAGGCCAAGGUAACACAACUUCCUGCCGCAGCGGCAAUGUACCAGCAACUGCGGAAGGGUCGCGGACAGCGUAUCGUGAUGGAAUCCUUCCGCCAGCGAGACGACUUCCACAUGCCUGACGGGCCGGAGCAAGAGCGGCGCGAUAGAAUCAUGACGGCGUCUCUUCAGCCGGGCAGGAGCCCGGAAUCCGGGUUCCCAUCACGGUGGACAUGUCCGGACAUCCAGGGGUUUCUCUAUGGUUAUGACGCAUACGACGAAGCGGAAAAGGCAUACAACCAAGAUCCUUACUGA